AUGAAGGUACCACUACUCGCCAUUCUCUGCGUGUUUUCGCUCUCAAUAUCAAGGGCAGCUUCCGAUAAUCCAUUUCUCAAUGACUUUCUCCAAUGCCUUCCACAAAAAUCUGAGCCCACUUACCCGAUCUUUGACGCCAUUUACACUAAAGAAAAUAGCUCGUUUCAAUCAGUUUUGCUGGGAUACAUAAGAAACAGAAGAUAUUCAACCCCUACAACUCCAAAACCUUUGGCUAUCGUAGCAGUCAAGCAUGAAUCUCAUGUCAUAGCAACCGUGAUUUGUGCGAAACAACACGGGUUGCAAAUUAGAAUCCGAAGUGGUGGCCAUGAUUAUGAGGGCCUAUCAUACGUAUCGCAUGUCCCCUUUGUCAUUCUUGACAUGUUUAAUAUGCGAUCCAUCGAAAUCAAUGUCACAGAUGAGAGCGCUUGGGUUCAGGCAGGAGCUACAACUGGUGAACUUUAUUAUGAAAUUGCAAAUAAAAGUAAGGUUCAUGGGUUUCCAGCUGGAGCUUGUCUAAGUCUUGGUACUGGUGGUCACUUUAGUGGUGGUGGCUAUGGGUACAUGAUGAGAAAAUAUGGGCUCUCAGUCGAUAACAUUGAAGAUGCUAAAGUAGUUGAUGUGGAUGGGAUAAUUCUUGAUAGAAAGUCCAUGGGAGAAGAUAGUUUUUGGGCCAUUAGAGGAGGCGGUGGAGCAAGCUUUGGAGUCAUUUUGUCAUGGAAGAUCAAGUUGGUUGCAGUUCCAGCCAAAGUGACUGUGUUCAAUGUUAAGAGGACACUAGAACAAGGAGCUACAGAUAUCAUUUAUAAGUGGCAAUUCGUAGCACCAAAGCUGCCUCAGGACAUCUUCAUCAGAGCCAUGCCGCAAGUGAAGAACAAUACUGAGGGCAACAAGACUGUGGAAGUAUCCUUCAUUGGUCACUUUUUGGGACAAAGCGGUAAGCUUCUUCCGUUGAUGAAUGAGAGAUUCCCGGAAUUGGGUUUACAACAAAAAGAUUGUUUUGAAAUGAGCUGGGUAGAAUCCACUGUUUUCUGGGCUGACUACCCUGUUGGAACUCCCCUAAAAGUGCUACUUGACAGGCCAAAGGGCCCAACAAUGUUCUUCAAAGUUAAGUCUGACUAUGUGAAAGAACCAAUUUCGAAACAAGGAAUAGAAUCCAUAUGGCAGAUAUUACUCGGGAUAGAGAAAGUGUGGAUGCAAUGGAACCCCUACGGUGGAAGAAUGAGUGAGAUUCCUGAGUCAGAAACACCAUUUCCUCACAGAGCUGGAAAUAUAUUUGCGAUUCAGUAUUGGUUGUUUUGGGUGGAACAAGGGGCUGAUACCACCAACAAGUACAUUGACUUGUCAAGAAAAUUGUAUCAAGGAAUGACUCCAUUUGUCUCCAAGAGCCCAAGAGAGGCUUUCCAAAACUACAGAGAUCUUGACAUUGGCGCUAAUCUGGAUAAUCAGACUGGAUUUGAAACUGCUAAAGUUUAUGGAAGCAAAUAUUUUAAGGGUAAUUUUAAUAAACUGGUACUUGUGAAAACUGUCAUGGAUCGUCAAAACUUUUUCAGGCAUGAACAAAGCAUCCCACCUCUUUAG